AGCACGAUUAUUACAAGUUGACGCUAAGACCCACAAAACACUCUCAUAUUACCAUCCUUCAUCUUCCUUCUCCUAAAUUAGCAAAACCCUUUUUUCCUUAAACAGCACGCGCAGAUAACUCCUCCAUUUCCUGUCUCUUUACGCAUGGACCUCACCCUCGUUCCAUACCAACACUCUUCCCAAUCUCAUCAACCCCUCGAUCAUGAUCACGAUCACUCUCGCUCACCCCGUCCCAUAAUAAUCCACCCUACUCCCGACAACCUACUUGUCAAAUACAAAGAAUGCAUGCGCAACCACGCCGCUUCCAUCGGCCGCCACGCUAGUGACGGCUGCGGCGAGUUCAUGCCUCGUGCAGACGAUGGCCUUACCUGCGCUGCUUGUGGAUGCCACCGUAAUUUCCACAGAAGGGAAGCUACUUCUCUGAAUUUUGACCACCACCACUACCAACACCAAGUUUUCUCUACUGGGAAGAAACACUUGAUAACUUCUUACUGUGAUGAUGAUGAUGAUGAUGAUGAUGAUGAUUAUGAUGGUCAUGAUCGACGAUCGGAGACGCCGGAGAGAGAGGAGGUGAACAUGGCGUCUGUUGGAAAGGCGACGGGUGGAACGAAGAGUAAGAGGUAUCGGACUAAGUUCACGAACGAGCAGAAGGAUAGGAUGCUGGAGUUCGCGGAGAAGAUAGGGUGGAGAAUACAUAAGCAUGAUAACGUGGCGCUUAAUCAGUUCUGUAAUGAGAUUGGUGUUACACGUAACGUUCUAAAGGUUUGGAUGCACAAUAACAAGAAUGCACACCGCCGUAGAGAAGCUGCUCCAUCGGAAUCUGAAGUGGCUGUUCCUCCACCGCCACCUCAGCCCGCCGAAGUCUAAUGUUUGGAUUUCUCUUCAUGAUCUUCCCAUCUCUUUAUCUUUAUUAUGGCAAUCCAUAUAGUUUGCUUGGAUUAAGUAGUAGCAUGUAUUAAUCAAUUAACUAAUUAAUUAAUGGAAAUAGCAUUUUAGUAAUUUUAAAAAUUA